CCGGGCUGAGCGGCAGUGCGAGCCCCGCCGCCGCCGAGGCUCCUCCGGCGCAGGAAGGAGGGCGCGCUCAGGCCGGGGCGGAGGGACCCUCGGCCUCCUCAGCCUCUGACGCCGGUUCCCCCUCCGCAGGGAGGUGCCGGCCGCGGCGUCCCCCCUCGGCGCGCUCGGAAUCCGGAGGACGGAGCCCGGCUUCCCCCGCCGGCCUUGGCGAGGGUCGCCCGAUUGGCCGAGGGCAGUUUCUGCAUGACGCUCUCCAAGACAGGUUCCAUGUGCAGGAGAAUUUCCGCUCACCAGGAACUGUGUGGGAAAAGCCCCAAGGGCAGCAUGUCCAGACUAAGUCAGAUCUCCAAGGUCAGUGUUCCUAGGCAUGACGUGUUUCUCCUCCACGUUCUCAAAACCUGGAAACGCUUUGGACCCAAGGGCUUCGCUACUAAGUGUAAAGAUGUCAUGGCGGCCACAGUAUCGCAGUUCCAAGUUUCGAAAUGUCUACGGCAAAGUAGCCAAUCGAGAGCACUGCUUUGAUGGGAUUCCAAUUACCAGGAAUGUCCAUGACAACCAUUUCUGCGCAGUCAAUACUAGAUUCCUCGCCAUAGUAACAGAAAGUGCUGGUGGGGGCUCUUUUCUUGUCAUUCCACUGGAACAAACUGGCCGAAUUGAACCAAACUACCCCAAAGUCUGUGGCCACCAAGGCAACGUGCUUGAUAUUAAGUGGAACCCCUUCAUUGAAAACAUCAUUGCUUCUUGCUCCGAAGACACUUCAGUUCGGAUAUGGGAAAUCCCGGACGGAGGCUUGAAGCGCAACAUGACAGAGGCUGUGCUGGAGCUGUAUGGCCACAGCCGGCGUGUUGGCCUCAUCGAGUGGCACCCAACCACCACCAACAUCCUGUUCAGUGCUGGAUAUGACUAUAAGAUCCUCAUCUGGAACUUAGAUAUUGGUGAACCGGUGAAGAUGAUUGACUGCCACUCUGACGUCAUCCUUUGCAUGUCCUUCAACACAAAUGGCAGUUUACUCUCCACCACUUGCAAAGACAGGAAGCUACGGGUCAUUGAGCCACGUUCAGGCAAAGUCCUCCAGGAGGCAAACUGCAAGAAUCACCGUGUGAACCGUGUGGUCUUCUUAGGGAACAUCAAGAGGCUUCUAACAACUGGUGUGUCACGCUGGAACACCAGGCAGAUUGCUCUCUGGGAUCAGGAAGAUCUAUCCAUGCCACUGAUAGAGGAAGAGAUUGACGGAUUAUCAGGCCUUCUCUUCCCAUUCUAUGAUGCUGACACCCACAUGUUGUACCUGGCUGGCAAGGGAGACGGGAAUAUCCGCUACUACGAAAUCAACACGGAGAAGCCAUACCUGACCUACCUGAUGGAGUUCCGUUCUCCAGCCCCACAGAAAGGCCUUGGAGUAAUGCCGAAGCACGGCCUGGAUGUAUCUGCAUGUGAGGUGUUUCGAUUUUACAAGCUCGUCACACUGAAAGGAUUAAUUGAGCCAAUCUCUAUGAUUGUACCGAGGAGAUCUGAAACUUACCAGGAAGAUAUCUACCCAAUGACUCCGGGUCCGGAACCUGCGCUCACCCCAGACGAGUGGCUGAGUGGAAUGAAUAGGGAUCCCAUAUUGAUGUCUUUAAAGGAAGGCUAUAAGAAAGAGUCCAAAGUAGUUUUUAAACCACCAAUAAGAGAGAAGAAGAGCAUUGUUGUUAAUGGGAUAGACCUCUUGGAAAAUGUGCCUCCUAGAACAGAGAAUGAGCUCCUCCGAAUGUUCUUCCGGCAACAAGACGAGAUCCGUCGACUGAAGGUUGAGCUUUCGCAGAAAGACAUCAAAAUCCGACAGCUACAGUUGGAAUUAAAAAACUUGCGCAAUAGCCCCCAAAACAAUGGACUCUGAAGGAAUUUUUUAAAACAAACUCUUUGUUUAUACCCACUCUUUAAUUUUACUGUAUCAACUUAACACGUGAUAUGAGCCAGAGACCCUGUGCUAGCACACGGGUACACCUGCUAACUGGAAGCCUGUUCUCCUGUGGUCAUUGCCUAGCACUAAAAAGUUAUUUGUAUGAUUUAACUCGAGAGCUACUGCAUGAAAAGGCAAGGGACGUAUAUAUUCCAAAUUCCUCUUGACAAAAGGAGAUAGAUGCUGUUAAGUGGCAAGUAGAUGAAGCCUUUGAGGGAAUACAAUCCGAAAUUCUCUUUAUCAAGAGAAUCCAAAUGAAGGACCCAGCCGGCUUUUCAAGUGGGAAGCAGUUAAUUCAGCAAAAGUUAAGCGCUUUUAAUGUAUUCUCCAUAAGAAGCAUAUGAGUUAUGGUGUGUUUUAUUCCUUUUGGUAGAAGCAGUGCACAGUAGACCUGUAUUUAAAUUUGACUCUCCCGUCCUGACAGUUUUCAGAUUCACAGCUCAGGUUCUUCAGCAGCUAAUGGAGCAGUUGGCAAAGGGCCAGUUUGUGGCCCUCACUGAAGCUACCCAGAAAGAUUGAUGGCCACUGCCCACCCUGUCCAAAUGCAGAUCUGCUUAUUGAGUGAAUGAGCUAAUUGUGGGGUGUGACACCCUGAUAGCUUUCAUGGCACUUAUAAAACUGCAGGUCCAUUCUCAUUAUUUAGCCUAACCCCCCCAUCUUUUUUAAGAGAGGGAGUUGGCAUGCUACCUGCACAACAAAGGGCCAACCUUUAGCAUCAGACAGGGGCACCCAUAGAGAUUGGAGUUUGCAGAUUUCAAAAUCAGUAUGGGGGCCAUGAUGCGUUAGGAGGGCUUUGCUCAACUGCCCUAUCACGACCAUCUUGACUUCAUAUCCAAGAAGGUUUCUGGAGCUGAACACCUUGUAUGCUGCCAAAGGGGAGCCGGGAACAAAGGAGGAGGGCCAGGAAGGGUAUAACCAAGGCAGCAGGCUAGAAUCCAGGAGUCUGAGUUCCAGUCCUGUCUUCAGCAUGACAGAUAGCUGGGUGACUUUGGCCCCGUCUCUCCCUCUCAGCUCAAUACACUUCAUAGGUUGCUGCCUUGAGCUAUUUACCAAAAUAAUUUCAGGGUAAAAUCUCAGAAACAAACAAGAUAUUAAAGAGUGCUAGUAGGCAGCAUCCUGCAGAAGGGUUGGGGAGGAGGGUGGUUUCUCCAUAAUAACCAUUUUGGGACAUCAGUGUGCUGUUGCUGCUGUUGCUACGAUGGCUGAGCCGAUUCUGACUCUGCCUUCACGCCAUGUGUGCAACUAAACAAAUGCUUUCUCACUCACUGCUGGUUGGUCAGGAUUGCUUGGUGUCCCACUCUAGGAAGCCUGUUAAUCCCAAAGUUGUUAUCUCCAAGGCUGGCCCUACAUAUUUUGCUGCCUGUGUUGCCCCUGGACCAGCCAGCACACUUAGCUGUAUUAGUGAUAAACCUGGCUUUGAUCCAGCUCUCGCUGGCUUGGAACUAGCUAAGUGGUUGGCCAAUUCAACAGAUUAAGGGGACGCAUUCAAAGUAUUGAAGCCAUACUAGUUCUGCUCUCCCUCAACUAUGGCUUGGGAAUCAUCCCAUUCAGAUGUUGUGGGGAAUAAGCCAGCAUGUUAGGACAAGCUUUUACUGUGCAGAAGAGUGAAUCUAGCAGGAUCAGUUUUGUCCAUCAAGCGCAGAAAAAGCUGACUUUUGGGCUUUGCCCAGUUCAACUUCUCAGGGCUUCUGGUCCUGCGGUUUCACAUUUCCCACACCAGUAUGCGGACAAUCACUUUCCUUGAAAAUUAGAGCUGGGUUGCCAGAGAUUCCACAUUGCGCACCAAAGAUUUCUUUGGGAUCUACUUUCCCCAAACCUUUAAUUCACAAGGACUGUCAGGCAACUAGGCCUCUUUUCUCUUUGCAUCUCUGCCAUCAAGGUUCACAUUGUAUUCUGUGCCUAACACUGAUUUUCCACUGUGCCACUUCAGUGUUCCCAUUUGCUUAUUUAUGCCGCCCUACAAUAGCGAUGAAAUAAAGCUACCCAAAUAGCAAACCG